CGAGCGGCGGAGCAACGGCAGCGGCGGCGGCGCGAGGCCCAGCCCAGCCCAGCCCGGCUCCACACCCACACCCGCCCUCACCUCGCCUCGCCUCGCCUCCUCCCGGCCCGGCAUGGACACCCUCAGCUCCGGAGACCGUCCGCACACCCCCGCGUCACAGAAUUGGUGAAGAAUUUUAAUCUUGCAAAAUACAAAUCCAUGGAGUGCGUGUGUGUACAGUCAGCUACCACAGUGGUGGAGACUUUAGAAACACUGACUUUAUAAGAUUGCAAGUAUCUUGGGAAGUGGAGGUGUCUGCUAGCUAAUGGAAGGAAAAACACAGAGCAAACCUACCUCUGUUUCGAGAUUGCCCAAGUUUGGUGGUGGAACCUCUAAAUUAAGUGAGACUCUUCCUCAGCCUGUAUCAAAUGGAGGAUGUAUUCGCAAUGUCAGUGCUUCCAGUGGUUCAAAACUUGACUCCAAGCAGAACGGAACUGCUCGUAUGGGUGCAUUUGCUUUCAACUGGAAGAAGUCUGGUAAAACUAAAGGUAGUGGACAAGGCGCAAAAGGUCCAGCUGCACCAUUGUCUUGCACUGUUACUAAUGAAGAGUAUGUUAAAGUUGAGAGAAACUUUUAUUCUAAAGUUCCUUUUGUUAAAGAUCACACAGACUUGGGCUUUAAGAGUAAAUCUACUGCAGUAACCAGCCAUCAAAAGCAGCAUCAAGUUGUACCUUGCGUAAAAGAAAAUAAAUUGCCUGUCACUAGCUUAAAUCAUUCUUCCAGAGGAAACCAUGGGAAAGUAUUGGGAAAGCCAUUCGCAUCUCACAUCUCAAGGUCACAGUCAUUUGGUCAUUUUCGUAAAACAGCAGCCGGAAAGGUGACUGAACAAGAAGAGACUUUCUCAACAUCAAGCAGUUCAAAAGGGAGUCUUGACCAAUCCACAGAAAGCUUGAAGAACUUAACUGAAGAGAACAUUGUUAGGUCCCAGAGCUUUUCGUAUUCCACACGAAGUAACUCCUGUGGCUCGGAUGUAAUACCACGAUCUUUGUCUUUUUCAAAGGCUGCAGAUGUUUCUAGACCUUGUCUGAAACAGCAAAUGAGGACGAGUCUUCCUUUGAGAUCAAAUAUUUAUCGCUAUGGCAGUCCAAGGGGUACCGAUAGCUCAGGCACAGGAGAAUCAGUUAGUAAAAGUGCUUUUAGUAGACCAAGCUUACAAACACCAUCAUCUGUCUUGAAAAAGUCUCAGCUUCCUACUUGCCCCACAUCUUCAUUUUACAUCACUGCUUCUGCUCCCAAGAUGACACAAUCUUCAGUAAUUAAAUGUGGGAGGUUGACCACUUUAGGAACAACAUGCACUGUAAAUCCAUUAUCUGAUACCAUCGAGGAAACUUGUGGAAUUCCAACAAUUGAGGAAAGUGGUCCAAAUACUGUAAAUGUAGAUCUUGAAUGCGUUGCUGAUAAUUUGUUAGAAAAUAAUGCCAUAGGUGAGAAGACUAAACAUGAAGACAAUGAAGAAUUUCAAUCAUUUUCUGCCAAUGAUAUUGAUGAUUCAGAGGUAGUCAUCUCAUCAAUUUACUCCAACUGUGAUAUAAUUAAUAGCGAACAGUUACCUCAUUCAGGUACUGAAUCCUUCGAAAUUGUGGACAGCGACAAUUCUCUUUCCACAGAAAUAGCUGAUGAUCUUUACAUUCCUAAUGAAGCUAUGUCGUCAGAAGGAAUUGAGGAAACAUUAAUUUCAGCAUAUGCAGACGCAGAAUGGCUGGAUACUGGAUUGCCUGACCAGUGCAAAGAUUUGGAGACUUCGCAGACCAAUGCCUCAGGUAAUGACUUUGUGUCUCCAGAUGCCAACUACGCACUGGGCUCCUCCUUUGAACUUUCUCCUUCCAGUAGUUCAGCUGGAACGUACAUGUGGGAUGAAGAGGGCAUGGAGGGACUUGGUACAGUCCAGCAGUGUGGCAGCCUCGAGUCUUCAGAGAUGAACAGCCUGGAUAUUCUGAAUAACCUGGAGUCGGGUGAUCUGGAUGAAGAUGACCUCAUGUUAGACGUUGAUCUGCCUGAGGAUGCCCCUUGCAAAAUGGAAGCAUAUGAAAGUAUGGCUCACCUAGAGAGGUCAGAGAGGGGAAGCAGGAACCAAGGAUUCUGGCGGAAGAGAUACCCACGUUGGAGUGGACAGGAUCGCCAUGGGAACACUGAAUUGCAAAGGAGCCCCGUUUCCCAGGAGCUUCCAGUGGACCAUUUUGAUUGGCAUGCAGCUUCAAGUUACUAUCACCCUCCCACUAAUCACAUGAGAUCCUCUCGGCCUGUGGCAGAUAGCACCGUUAUGCUGGAUGUCCUGACACUGAGGCACAUGGUACAUGACUGCACAGCUGUUAAGACCCAGAUACUUAAACUGAAGAGGUUGCUGCAACAGAAUGGUGAUGGUUCCUCUGUAAAUGACUUCAUAGCUAUAGGCUCACCAACGCAAGAACAAGCUGAGACUAUAAACACAACAGAUAAGACUGAUGAGCUACUUGGAGAGAUCCAGAUUUUGCAAGAGGAAAUGAAAAGAAAAGAUCAGAUGAUUGACUAUUUACAACAACAACUGAGCACCAGAUGUCAUUGCCGGAAAGAAAAUUCAGCCACAAAAGGACCAGCGUGUUCUAAUGCCGAUAAGACCACCCAAACAGUCAAUAAAGGAAUAUCCCCUCCAGUACUACAGCCUUCCAGCUACACAUGCAGCACCAAAGAUCGCAGCAUGGGAAAAUUAGCAAAACCAGUCCAUACCGAGGACCUCAGUAGGAAUCAGAAGAAUGGAUCUAGUGAGAACUGCCCUCAAACUAACCAAGAAGGAAAAAAUGUUGUUUGCUCACAGUUGGAUUCUGAUAAAGGCUUCACUCUGUCGACCCAACAGAAGAAUGAAGACUCUAAUGACAGAUCUGCCCAGAAACCCCCAGUCUCUAACAAGACCAAGCAGAGUCCAGCUGCGCUGCCUAGGGAACAUGGGCAUAGUCAGGUUUCAGUCCAGCCGGUCAAUUUGCCCGGCUGCUCAUUAUUUACAGAAGAAGCCUUGAAUAAAGACUAUCGUCCCAGGUUUGCUUUCAAACAGCCUUCCAAGGAUUUGAAUAUUAAAUCCAAAAUCCAGACUUCAAUUGUGAAGUCUCCUCUGGUCUCUAAGCCUAGAAAAAAUGUGCUUGCAAUCUCUCAGGCAGCACUUAGCCCUGUAGACAGUUCAGUUCAACCAUCUAUAAAUAAUCAAAAGGAAUCAGAACAACACCUCCAAUUAUCAAUACCCACAAAUAUUUCUACACAAAAAGAUGAACAACAAAAAAGAAAAUCCAAACUAUCACCUUCCCUAUCAUCACCACUUCUGAGCAUUAAGACUUCAGCAUUUUCAGCCAGUCCUGGGUCUCUUCACAAGGAGAUCCAACAGGUUGAGUCCACCAAAUACCAAGACGAACCAUCACUUCAGAUCCUACCAUCAGACAAGCAACAGAAGAAGCACAGAGAAGAUUGUUCUGCAAAAGAUCAGGGUGAUGAAUCCCAGGCAGACAAACUUGCAUCAUCUGUUCGGCAUUCUCGCCUUCCUAAACCAAAGACGCAUGCAUCCACUCCCACAAGUUGCAAUUUUCAGGGCUAACUGAAGCCUGAUGUUAAACACUCAUAGUACAAGUCUGCCUGCCAGAUGAGAUUUCACCAAGUCUGGAUAUGGCAACUGUUAACUUGCCCAAUUAACUUCCCCCAUUCUAAAUGACAGCUCCUGCUGACCAUACUGAUGCAAUGGCAAAGACCGGCAUUCACAGACUCUUGAGACACUAUAUUUGCAGUGUGUGGCCUUUUGCUUUUGGAGAAUCCAGAACAUCAAACAUUUUGGUCAGAUUUUGCCAGGGUGGGACAGGACAAGAAAACUAAUUGUGGAACAGUUUUUGAAUCUGUAAUGACUUGGACAUGAAUCACUAAGUUGUAAACCUUGACAGAGGCAUGAAGAGCAGGAUUUAUUUUAAGCAAAAACUGUAUUAGUACUUUGUUGUCUUUUAUUUCAGCUAAUCUGAUUAAACAUGUUAUGAUUGGAAAGACGAUAAGAGAAGGCAACUUACCAGGAAAGUGGUAAUUUUAAUCUUAGCUGAUCCAUCGGAGUUGAAUAUUUUUGUUUGUUUAAACUAUUAGAUUAAAAAUAUAUUUAAGUUAAACUUCUGGAGGUUUAGAUUCUAAUAUAAGUAAUAAAAAAAAUACAGCAUUAAA